UUGGCAAAAAGUUUAUCGCGGUCGUAUCAGCCUUUCAGCUGCAUAAAAAUUAAAAUGGCAGAGUUGGAUAUAGGAAAGCAUUGUGAUUUCACUUCAUGUCAGCAACUAGAUUUCCUGCCAUUUGAGUGUAAUUCCUGUCAUCGUGUAUUUUGCAAAUUUCAUAGAUCAACAGAAAGCCACAAAUGUAGCCUGGAAUGUGCCCCUAAACCAAAGGUUGAAUAUACAGGUGAUAAAGGACAUCCUUGUUUCAUGCCUGAUUGUACUAAUAGAGAGCUGAUUCCUGUGAUAUGUGAACAAUGCAAGAACAACUACUGCCUCAGUCAUCGGCACCAACAAGACCACAAUUGUGAUAAGUUAGAGAAAAUAUCUGAUGUACAGAAAAUGCCCCAGACAGCUGCCCAUGUACAGAAUAUAUUAGAUAAGCGGAAAGACCAACCAAGUCCUAGUAAGGGUAGGGGACGGAAAUCCAAGAAAACCGAGAGCAAAGUCCAACUGAUGAAGAUGAAGAUGAAUGCAGUAGGAGACAAGGGCCUUCCCCCCGAUGAAAGGAUCUACUUUAGAGUCCUCUUACCACAUGGCACACCUGACAAAGAUAAAGCCAUGUUCUUCUCCAAGGGACUUCCCCCUGAUGAAAGGAUCUACUUUAGAGUCCUCUUACCACAUGGCACACCUGACAAAGAUAAAGCCAUGUUCUUCUCCAAGACCUGGACUAUAGGGAGGGCAGUUGACAGAAUAGCAACAGUCUGUGAUCUUAAAAAUGAAAACAAUAUCUCAUAUGCUAAGAAAUUACGUCUUUUUGACACAAAUGUUGGUGCUAAAUUAAAUGUUGACUCAACAAUAGAGGAUGCUCUUGUAGAAAGUUCAGAAGUCUUCAAUGGUUCAACGCUAAUACUGGAAUAUGUGGAAAAUGACUGUAACAUUCUUGAUGAUUUUCAAUCCUACUCAUAGCAUAGGGAUAAGCAAAGGAACAGUCAGAACAUGUACAUAUGUAUGUGAAAUUUUGACAACGAGAAAACACGAAUGUAUAAUAAUAUGUUUAACUUUUUGUGACUGGUGAAGGACAAUGGGGUUUGAAAUGUCAAAAUAAAAUUGUUUCUGUUCGAAGGGACAAUUGUAUAAAUUACAAAACUACAAAAUGAGACAGAUGAAUAUCGACAUGUUAAGAUGAGUACUUUAUCAUUUUUAUAACUAUUUACAAUGUAUUUCAGUUUGUGAG